AUCCAGCUCCAGCUCCGGCCAGCACUCAGUCACUCAGUCAGUCAGUCAGCAGUGGGCUCGGCUGCCGCGUGGUCCGCUCUGUAAAACUUUCUUCAAGCACGGGGAAACUGUCGGAUACCGCGAAAGAGCAGACGCCCGCGGGACUUUCUGGAGCAGAAGUGUGUCUAUGCAUCGGGAAGCGUGCGCUCCGCUGACCAAGGAGCCCCCCCGCCCCCACACCCCCCUACUCGUGCAUGUUUCAAUCCGAGCAGAGCUCUGGUGCCGUGUGUCGGCCAGACGACCAGUAACGAGCGAGGGGCAACAGCGGUCCGGAGGCAUGAUUCUGAGACGGGGCUCAGUGGUCGCUGCCUUCCUGCUCUGCUUUCUGGCGAAGGUGUCCGAGGGAUCGGGACAAUUCGAGCUGCAGAUCCUGUCGAUGCACAAUGCGAACGGAGAGCUGCUGAGCGGCGCGUGCUGCGACGGCCCGCGCAACGCGGCGGAUAGGAAGUGCACGCGGGACGAGUGCGAUACGUUUUUCAAAGUUUGCCUGAAGGAAUACCAGUCGAGGGUCUCUGCCGCGGGGCCCUGCAGCUUCGGAAUGGGAUCUACGCCGGCCCUCGGAGGGAAUACCUUUUAUUUCAAGAGCCCUGUCCGGAAUGACAGAUCCAGGAUAGUUUUGGCAUUCAGCUUUGCCUGGCCGAGGUCCUACACUUUGAUAGUGGAAGCCUUGGACUCAAAUAAUGAUACCAGUGGUGCAGACGGGAGGUUGAUAGAGAAAGCGUCUCAUUCCGGCAUGAUCAACCCCAGCCCACAGUGGCAGAAGCUGACCCACAACGGCCCCGUGGCCCAGUUUGAGUACCAGAUCCGGGUCAGCUGUGACGAGCACUAUUACGGCUUCGGCUGCAACAAGUUCUGUCGGCCCAGGGAUGAGUUCUUCGGCCAUUACACGUGCGACUACAACGGCAACAAGACCUGUCUUGAAGGCUGGUCCGGAUCUGACUGCAACACAGCUAUAUGUCGACAAGGCUGCAGCACUGAACAUGGAUCGUGUAAGGAGCCCGGUGAAUGCAAGUGUCUGUAUGGCUGGCAGGGCCAGUACUGUGACAAGUGCAUCCCCCACCCUGGCUGUGUACAUGGCACAUGUGGAGAGCCCUGGCAGUGCCUGUGUGACACCAACUGGGGCGGCCAUCUAUGCGAUAAAGAUCUGAACUACUGUGGAACUCAUCAGCCAUGCCUGAAUGGUGGAACGUGUAUCAACACGGGGCCUGACAAGUACCAGUGUACCUGUGCCGAGGGCUAUUCUGGAGCCAACUGUGAGAGAGCGGAACAUGCCUGUCUGUCCAACCCAUGCUCCAACGGGGGGAGCUGUUCAGAAACCAGCCAAGGCUACGAAUGCCAGUGUGCCGCGGGCUGGAGCGGCCCCUCCUGCACCAUCAAUGUUGACGACUGCUCUCCAACCCCCUGCAAUCACGGAGGAACCUGCCAGGAUCUGGUUAACGGCUUCAAGUGUCACUGUCCUUCCCAGUGGUCAGGGAAGACGUGUCUGAUAGAUGCCAACGAAUGCGACAGCAAGCCUUGCGUCAACGCCAAUUCAUGCCGCAACCUGAUUGGUGGAUACUUCUGCGAGUGUGUCCCCGGUUGGACGGGGCAGAACUGCGACAUCGAUGUAAACGACUGCAAGGACCAGUGCCAGAAUGGAGGAACUUGCAAGGACUUGGUGAACGGCUAUCGUUGCACGUGCCCCCCUGGCUUCGCCGGCGAGCACUGCGAGAGGGACGUAGACGAGUGUGCGAGCGGGCCUUGCCUGAACGGCGGCCGCUGUCAGGACGAGGUGAACGGCUUCCAGUGCCUGUGCCUGGCGGGCUUCUCUGGAAAUCUCUGCCAGCUGGAUAUCGAUUACUGCUCCCCCAACCCGUGUCAAAACGGUGCGGCCUGCUUCAACCUGGCCACAGACUACUUCUGCGCUUGCCCUGAGGACUACGAAGGCAAAAACUGCUCUCAUCUCAAAGACCACUGUCGCAUCACCACGUGUAAAGUGAUUGACAGCUGCACGGUCGCAGUGGCUUCCAACAGCACCCCGGGAGGAGAGCGCUACAUCUCGUCGAAUGUGUGUGGACCGCACGGCCGCUGCAGGAGCCAGGCUGGAGGCCAGUUCAGCUGCGAGUGCAAAGAAGGCUUCAGAGGAACCUACUGCCACGAGAACAUAAACGACUGUGAGAGCAACCCAUGCCGCAAUGGAGGCACCUGCAUUGACAAAGUCAGCGUUUACCAGUGCAUCUGCGGCGACGGUUGGGAGGGCGACCACUGCGAGAUCAACAUCGAUGACUGCAGCACCAACCCCUGUCAUAACGGAGGAACGUGUCGAGACCUGGUCACUGAUUUCUUUUGCGAAUGCAAGAACGGCUGGAAAGGAAAGACGUGCCACUCCCGCGACAGUCAGUGCGAUGAGGUCACAUGUAACAACGGCGGCGCCUGUCACGACGAGGUAGACACCUUUCAGUGCAAGUGUUCCCCUGGGUGGGAGGGGACAACGUGCAACAUAGCAAAAAACUCAAGUUGUCUUCCCAACCCGUGUGAGAAUGGAGGUACCUGUGUGGUGACGGGGGAGUCGUUUACCUGCGUCUGCAAGGAGGGCUGGGAGGGUCCCACAUGCACCCAGAAUACCAACGACUGCAGUCCCCACCCAUGCUACAACAGCGGAACCUGCGUGGACGGCGAUAACUGGUACCGCUGCGAGUGCGCCCCAGGCUUCGCCGGGCCGGACUGUCGCAUCAAUAUUAAUGAGUGCCAGUCCUCUCCAUGUGCGUUGGGCUCAUCUUGUGUCGAUGAGAUUAACGGAUAUCGCUGCCUGUGUCCAGCAGACAAGACUGGACCACACUGUCAAGAAGUGACGAGGAAGCCUUGCUCCGUCAAUGGCCACGUCACCCCCGACGGACUCAAAUGGGAUGAAGACUGCAACACCUGCCAGUGUUUGAAUGGGAACGUUUUGUGCACAAAGAUGUGGUGUGGCCCUACAUCUUGCCAUCUUGGUGCCAAAGGUCGAGGUGGGUGCCUUUCAGGCCAGAGCUGCGUCCCCAUCGGGGAGGGCCACUGCUUUGUGAAACCCUGCGUGGACCUGGGAGAGUGCUGGCGCUCCAACCCUCCCCCAGGUCCCACCAAAUGCCACCCCGGCUCCACUUACCAGGACAACAGCUGGGCCAACAUCACCUUCACCUUCAACAAGGAGACCAUGCCUCAAAGCCUAACUGUGGAGGAUGUGUGUAAGCAGCUGAGACGCCUGUACGUGGUGAAGAAUUUCUCCUCCGAGCACUCUGUGUCCAUAACCUGUGACCCCUCAUUCUCAGCCAGCAAUGAAAUCCACGUCUGCAUCUCCACAGAAGAUCACAGUUUGGACCGGAGCCCAGUCAAAGAGAUCACAGACAGAAUAAUCGACCUGGUUAGCAAACGCAACGGGAACAACACCAUCAUCGCCGCCAUCGUGGAAGUGCGCGUGCCAAGCUCCAGCAAAACCGACUACCUAGUGCCCCUCCUCAGCUCCAUCUUCAUAGUCAUCUGGGUCCUCGUGCUGGUCUCCAUCCUUCUGUGGUGCAUGCGCCGCCGGCGGAAACAGAGCAACCACAACGGGACCUCGGCCCCCAGCCCCGAAGACAACACGACCAACAACGUGCGGGAGCAGCUCAACCAGAUCAAAAACCCUAUAGAGAAGCACGUGGGCCUCGCGGUGACCAUCAAAGACUACGAAAACAAGAACUCCAUCAUUGCCAAAAUAAGGACAAAUCAUCCCGAGGGGGAUGAGGACGACAAGGAGAGGCACCUGCAGAAGGGCCGCUUCGCCAAGCAGCCAGCGUACACACUGGUGGAGAGGGACGAGAAGACGCCCGUCUCCAAUCCCAACUCCACAUCCAAACACCCCAAUUGGACUAAUAAACAGGACAACAGAGACUUGGAGACGGCCAACAGCAUCAACAGGAUGGACUAUAUUGUAUAGCAGACAGCUGUGUUGCUGUGCAACCAAGCCUGAUGCCUCCACACCCCGGUGGUGGGUGACACGGGGAGCUUCGGCAUGUGUAGUCGUGUCAGUCGUGACCCCACAGUAUUUUCCCGAUAUUCCCCGUGUUAAUUUAAGUUUUGACAAGCUGGCUCACACUGGCAGUGACGGUUGCUUUGGUUGGCUGGAAACAAUAGGCACUGGUAUACAUUUCACUGUAGAACUAGUCGCAAAAGUGUCCUGCAUUUCAUUUCAUUUCUUUUUAGUGGACACGUGGAAAGGGCUCCUGGUGUAAUUGUUGUACAAUGACUAAAACUACCCAACAUGUUCAGCGCUAGAGCUAAUUAUUUUUUAGUAUGUGUUUGAAUGCUUUCUAGUUCUGUUUGGAGAAAGUGCCUUUUCAGCUUUAGACUUCAGCAACUGUCAAAUGAGAAAAAAGAUCAACUUUAUUAUUUAUUUUUUAUUUUCCAGGGGGGAGGGGGGAGGUUUCAAUGACAGCAGUUGCUGCCAAUAUGAAGAAUUUAUGUCAAUUUAGAACGUGUAGAUAUGUAAAUUUUUUUAUUAAUCAUUGUGUAUAUUUGAUUUAUUAACUUAAUAAUCAAGAGCCUUAAGAUAUCAUUCCUUUUUAUUUAUAUGUUCUGUCUAGUUUGAAGGUUUUGAUAGCCGUGGAAGCAAAACAUUUCUUUCAAUGACUUAAUAUUUCAAAGCAUUCUACAAGCCAAAUUCAAAGAAGACAAAGGAUGGGCACUUUUGGCCUGAAACACUUUUUUUUGUUGUUCCACACAUUUGACAUUUCAUUAAUUGUUGCCAGGACCUUGAUUUGAAGGCAAGUGUGGUCAGGGCAGCUAAAGAAGCAUGGCACUGACUUGGUGGCAGACAUAUUGCUUGCUGCUGGUGGCUAAAGACUUCAGCGGCUGCAGUUGGACGCACUGACGUACCUUUUAAGAGGAGUCAGAAUCCAGCAACAAGUCGCAACCAUAUGACGCCAAAAUUCCCACGUGCUUUAGUCAGCGUGAUGCAAGCUAGAUGUGGAGUACUUGAGGAUCGGAUGGAAUACACUGCCUUGCUCUGCAAGAAUCUGCUUUGUUUCUCUGCAAAAUUAAUUUCCUUUUUAAAAACAAGGCUCUUAAAGACAAACAUGUUUUAUCUCAUUUGUUUCAUCUUUGAGAUCAUGGCAACAUUUUGUUCUACUUUUGACUCUUAUGAACUUGAGAAUUGUGUUGAUCUGGCAAUAUAUUUUUGAAAGUCAUAUUUAUUAAAUAUUUUGUAUGAAAAGAAUUAAAGUUGCCUUUGUUCUGGG